CUCACUCUAGCGUUGUGGACCCCUUUGAAGGCGAUGAGUGGAACGGCUACUCACCUGACCUAUGGGAGACUCAAGUAGCGGCAGGGUCAUCAGGGCUAACAGAGGUGUCCUUUCCGCCCUGA